CUCCACCGCCCACUUCCGGUACCUUCGCAGAGCCUGCGACCACACCACCGCCUGGCCCGGAGGACCCCGCCCUCCGCCAGCCGCCGCAGUCGUCCACCAUGGUGGUACUCCGAGGUCCCCGCCGCAACCGCCGCCGCCACUGCCCACGCCGAUGUCCCUACCCGCUCCGGGCCCCUGGCGAAUCCACCGCUUUUCCCCUCCUCCCCGCGCCCGCGCUGCCUGCCCUGGGCCCGCUGUUGCAGGUGCGACGUUACCACCACCCCUGCUGUGAGGCCGCCAUCAACACCCACAACAGCCUGGAGCUCCACGCAUCCUAUGUGUACCUGUCCAUGGUUUUCUACUUCGACCAGGACGACGAGGCCCUGGAGCACUUUGACCGCUACUUCCUGCGCCAGUUGCAGGAGAAAAGGGAGCAUGCCCAAGAGCUGAUGAGGCUGCAGAACCUGCGCGGUGGCCGCAUCUACCUUUAUGACAUCAGGAAGCCAGAAUGCCGAGGCUGGGAGAGCGGGCUCAAGGCCAUGGAGUGCGCCUUCCACCUGGAGAAGAGCAUCAACCAGAGCCUCCUGGGGCUGCACCAGCUGGCCAAGGAGAACGGUGACCCCCAGCUCUGCGACUUCCUGGAGAACCACUUCCUGAACCAGCAGGCCAAGACCAUCAAGGAGCUGGGUGGCUACCUGAGCAACCUGCGCGAGAUGGGGGCCCCGGAAGCAGGCCUGGCAGAGUACCUCGUUGACAAGCUCACCCUGGGCGGCAGCCAGAAACACACCUGAGCCCAGACAGGCCCCGCAGCCACGGGGUGCCUUCCCCUGCUCGCGCCACCAGGCGGGGCGUCCAUGUUGCCUUUUCAGAACAUUCUCUUCAUUUUUCUCCUCUCAGUUUGACCGUUGUUAGCAAUAAAGUUACCUGUUCUCAAAGCAAUAAAGGUGUCCAGCUGAUGUGUGUCUGCAGCACUCUCACCUUUUAGGAAUCAGGGC